AACUCCUGCUGAACUGUUGAGAAAGCGUUACGCUGCCUCUUUGUAUCCCCCAUACUUUUCUAACUUGUACAAUUCUUGAGUUAUUCCCGUGAAUUCGAGAGAGCUGCUUACAUAGCGAUCGUAAUCCAGACGCCAUGAUGGUUUUUACCCAGAGUGCCCCUGAGCCUCGAUCAGACGUUACACAUCCGGGACCUUGCAUAGUCUUGGCGCUAAACUCAAGAUGGCGGAAAUUUGCCAAAUCUACUAUUUUACAUACUUUCAUAAUUUAACCAAAGAUUGUGCUUUGCACAGUCAUUAUUCUUAGAUAUUUUCAAAAAUAUACAAAUUUUAAAUAUGCUACAAGGUAGGGCUGCCGGAAUCAUGCCGAAUCCGUUGGAUACGAGGGAAAUUUUCUUCACUAAUUUGCUGUUGCUGGGUUUCGAUCCUGAUGCUAUGGAAGCAAAAGAGAGUAUUCCAUUUAAUAGGGAUAUGUUUGUAUUGCCAAAUAAGAAAGGAAUGGAAGUUGUGAUGCGAUUCUUGUUUGCUCAGCUGAAUGCACAAAUGGCCUAUGAAGAGUUUAGGGACUGCUGGCCUGUCAAGAACAAGACUCAAGAGCAACAGUUCCGCAAAACCUGCUACAACUGGUUGACAAGGCUAAGUAAGGAGGAGCCAGACUCAAACCUCCCCCGAGUCGUACAGUCUUUGUUUCAUUCUCCUGGUGGUGAUAGAUUCUACACCUUCCUGCUGCUGUUUUCAUUGUAUGUCUUGAAGAAAGUUAUUCUACGCGAUCAUAGUAAAAAUGUGGUGUUGCCUCCAUUUCCCACCAAAAACAUCCACAACCAGCCCUUCAGCCAGGUCAUAUCCAAAGCUGUUGAAACACAGACUGCUGUUCACAGACAAAGGUGUCUAGACCAUGUACAAAUUGCCCUGGAAGUACAUCAUUCCUGGAAAACAUAUGCUCUGGAGUUGACCAAAGAGAAUAGACAUCUAAAAAAAAAAUUUCGUGAAUGUGAAAAGAAGCUGUCUACAGCCCCCGCUAGCAGUCAAAUAGCUAAAAGUCUUGCAAAGACAAGUUAUCAGCAAGAGGUUGAUGCAAUAAAAAGAACACAGAAAAUACAGAAAGUUAGAGGUCUUUGGCAUUCAACUGAAAGUUUCUACAUAAGUCAUCAUCCUCAUAGGGAAGUUAUCAGUUCCAUUUUGACUGGAGAUGCUAAUAAGUACCACCUGGACUCCACACAGACCCAAGUCAGGGUCCCAGAUCUACUUCUUCGAGAAUGUGAAAGGGAGCUAUCCACAAAAAAAAUUGAAAACACCUAUGUCAGUGGAAAACUGAAUCUCAAAAGCCUUGUUCAGCUCUGCAACCUUUCUCUUCACUUGCUCAAGAACAAGAUUAGGCAAGAUUCUGUACCAAGUUUUGAAGAGAGUUCAGCCAAGAUUAAAAAUGAAGUUCAUUCUCAUCAGACACUUCUCACCAAAGCAGAACAACUAAGGUCAAUGCUGGGUACAGAGACCAUCUCUGAUCUCAAGGACUCAGUCGAAUCUUUGAAAGCACACCUUUUCGAGGCAGAACCUGGGUCACAUCUGGCUGCCAAUUAUUCGUUUAAUGUUGGACUUGGCCUUGCUCCACCUACCCCUCCAGUGUCGUUCAGAGCAGCAGAUACUCCAGACAAGCUGUCUUCCUUUCACCAGUCACUCCGCAGAUCACCAGAGGCUGCCGGAUCCACCCCUGAGGUUGUUCAAACCUGGACUGAGUCUCUACGAGGAAGGCAGCGCCUGAAAGAACAGAGGAAACAGGACAUUUCAAAUCACAACCAACCAGCACCAGACCUCAACAGACGUCAGGCGAAGAGAUCCAACCUUCCCAAACCAAUACCCCGAACAUCCUCGGCCAAGCCCAAGGCUCCCCAGAAUAAGAAAGCAGGCGUUGUUCCUAAAACAGUAACUCGACCAGCAGCUAAAGCGGCGACUUCCUCUGUCCAGCGACCACGCACCCCUGUGAACGAGGACCCUGUGGUCACGCCCGCUGCAAGGGCGUUGUCUGGCAAAUAUAAGGCCAAGACUGAGCCCCGGAAGAAGGUCACUGUACAGACACCCAAGCAGAGGAUGGGGGAGAGAGCGUGGGUCGCCCAGGCAGUCGCGGACCAGAUUAUCGGCGUUAUGUCUGUGGACCGCCCUGAGUCUGGCGGUUCGUCGCGUAACUCCUCAAGGGCGAGCACUCCGCAGGCUCACGCUAUCGAGGAUCCACUGGCUGCGUUAGAUGACACAGCAUUUGUAUCACAUGAUCUCAUCCCUCGCACGCCGGCUCCUAAGGAGAAAUAUGGAGAGACCUCCCUCACACAUGACCAGAGCAGUUUCCUUGAACACAGUGAUCCAACGAAGGACGAUGAGGACAUGCUCUCUGCUUUUCACGAGAAACAUUCUGUCAGCAACAACAGAUCUGCGCCAAGGGAAGGAGGAUUGCUUAGGACCUUACUAGACCAAGCGCGUAGCCAGAGGGAGACAGAACCUACAAGGGAUGCACUGACGCCCAUUCAAGUCAAGAGCGCACUUUUCCAGGAAUCACCAUCUGAAGAGGUGACAAGACCGCUCACUUCCUGGACUGGCGCGCAUAGACCAGCUUCUUCCUGGACUGAUGCGCAUAGACCAGCUACUUCCUGGACUGAUACACAAAGACCAGCUACUUCCUGGACUGAUGCACAAAGACCAGCCGUUACCUGGAAUGAUUCUCCGUUAUCUCAGCUGUCAUUUGCGAGCCCAGAUGACAAAGGCUAUGAAAAUCACAGAGCAUUAUCUCCAUUCUCAUUCCAAACUCCAGGAAAAUUCCGUGAUUCUUCACCACCAGGUGAAGCAUCCACCUCGGAUGGGACCACCCCACGGCAAGACUCGCCCUUCACUUUAUAUCAGAGUGCUCGAUCCCAGGGUGUAUCGUCUUUACAGCAAGGCUCGCCCUUCACCUCGUAUCGAAGUACUGUGUCCCGUGGUGUAUCCCCCUUGGUAUCUUUUACACCUCUUAAAAGCCAGACAUCUGAUUUGCGAAGUGAAGAGCCUGGUAGUACGCCUUUGGGAUCUAAUGUCAAUGGACUAUUGUCCUUUACACCGCAUGGUCAGCAAGAGGGCUCCCCCCAUGACCCUGGUACCCCCACUCCUCCAGGGCCCAUGCCAUCUAGAAACACAGGGGCAACGCGUCUAAACGCAUCUCCGCUUUUAGCUUGGAGUACACUGAAUACAAGGCAGUACGAAGGGGUUCCUAGGACAGACCCAAGCUGUACUCCACACGUGGCGUCGUCUUCUGAGGCACAAGACAGUCUAGUAAGCUCCAUGGACACCCUGCGACACUCAGAAAUGCUCAACGACAAUGUUACAUCAUCAAAUAUAAGUAAAACUACAACCGGUGCAUCACCAUCUACUCGUGCCAGCCAGAGCCCAUUAAUCAGCCUCUCAGAGCCAACAAUCCCAAUCGAUGACAGCUUAUCUGACGAGGUGACAGACCCUGAGCUACAAGCAAGCAAACGAUCGCCAUUCGGGAACCUGCACAUUGACGCCCAUGAAAUCAAGGAGACAUAUCUCAAUGGCCGGGAGAGUGGGGUAGAGCCCGCUUGUGCUGGUUUAAACGGCGUCACGGAAGACACACUUCCUCCUAAAGGAUCAUGCAACGAGGACAGACAACCGGCAGGAGGAGUUACCCAGUCAUCAUUGCGGUCAGGAGUUACCCAGUCGCCAUUGCCGUCGGAAGUCACUCAGUCGCCAUUACGGUCAGGUUACGUGUCAGACCUCAUGGACAGACUGAACCGCAUAAAGCAAGCACAGCGUAACACCUCGUUCUAUGCAACGCCACGGUCACAGGAACUGGACUCAAGCGUGCCAGAGGCGAGAGGUCUGGGUGUGAGUCCUGGAGCUUCAUGGAAUGCCAUAGACUCUUUGCGGGCUCAGAAAGUGCGGCAGAUGGAGCAUGCGCAAACACGCCAGCAGGUGAGUCCCGGGUCCAACACCCACUUGAACUCUCGGCGAGAGCAGGACCCCAAUAUUGCGACCCCUGCAUCCCUUAGGGGUGACACGGAGACUCCCGCUAGGGACCACAUGACGUCACAAAGCGGCCAGUCAACUCCGUCAUCAAUACUUAGUGAGCGGUUCCUCCUUCAGUCACCCUUCAAAGACGCAGAACCCGAAACUUCAGGAUCACCCUACCAGAGGGUCUUUACUCUUGAUUCGCCGACCGUAUCGACACCCGAUAAUCCCACCCCGUAUUUACAAGACUUUGCCAACUCACCUUGGAGCAAUGCAGGCUUAAACUACCCCGGACGUGUGAUGACCAGCGAGCGAGCAUCCACAUCUGCUCGGAAAGCCCUGCUGAGUGAUGACCCUUACUCGUGGAUGUUCCCAGCAUCGUCGCCCUUGAUGGGUACCUCUGGGAGUCCUGUCACCAAUGAUGGUACCUCACGAGGACAAGGUGGCAACACGCCGACUCUGCAUAGCACCGACCCUCGAGGUGGACUUCCCCCAGCUUCACCUGCCAUCGACACGCUCAUAGACUUCGACUGACAUUGGAUCUUGUUGGCUACACUCCAUGAGAUGAACUGGAUACCAGCUUGUUUCUAUGCUUCAUGCAAUGUCAUGAGGCAUUGAGACGUCCCCAUGCCUUGUUUGCGUGCUUCAUGAGGAGUUCAAUUAUACCUUGAGGGCGUGCAGUACACCCACCGUUCAAAUAAGGUUGCACUCGUCGAGAAUCCAUUGUCGUAACCCGCAAUGGUUCAUGGGUAGCGUAUAAACGGCUGAAAGCCAUGUAAAUGUUUAUAAGAACGUGAACACGAAUUCUACAGUUUUGAAACCUGGAUUUGCAUUACUUGUAUUAUUGGAUAUCUAUGAAUCCCUGUGGGUUACGGUACAUAGAUUCUCCAAGUGCAACCUUGAAAUAGGCGUUUACAUUCGCUCCAUUGAUCUGUGGAGACUUGCAGUGCUGGAUCCGGACCGGCGGACUAAUAUUACCUCUUAUGUGUAACGACAUGGGCUCUGCUCCAACACAAGGAGUACAUGCAUCCGUGGAAACCGAGAGAUCACGGCCUUCCUACGUGCCGUUGAAAUUAAUGCAUAUUUGUGUAGAGUCAGGUGUUAAAAGACAUUGAUGGUCAAAUCACGCUCCUGUGCAUGAGUACAAGAAUCUGUGGAAAAAGAGAUGUAUGGCUAAAUACACCCUCUAAUGCAUUUAGACACGUUAACCUGGGACAUUUCACGGUCGAAACGCGCUAUACUUCUUCACUGCCUUCAUGGUGCAUCAUACGAUAGAGCGGAUGGAUUCGCUUGAAAUGUUAGCUUUGAUUGGGACACUUAAGGGUCAAAACAAGCCCUGCCUUCCAGGGAUGCAUUAGUGAAAAAGUAGAGCCGAUGUUGUAUAUGGACCCGGCACCGAGUGUUGUGUUCCUGUAAUACCUUAGUCUUGUAGUAUACUCAAGUGCGCAGUGUACAGUUCUCCCUGCGUCAGACUUGUAAACCAAUUAGUUAUCUGGCAAACAGGGUAUUUUAUUGUAAUAACCGCAGAUAUAGAUUUAUAUUAAACGCACGGUCAUAUUGACCACUAUACCGUCGGCGAGGCGCGGCCAUAUUGUCCACUAUAUCGUCGGUAAGGUGGUGGAUUUGGUUUUCGCCUUUUCAAUGAAGAAACCCCACCGCCUCGCGCACUCCUGUGAAUCAUUUCUUUUUCUAGAUGAACCAAAAUGAAAAAGGGCCGAAAUUCAUUUUAGGGCGCGCAAGUUCUGCUUUGGCCCCCGAGGAAGAGGCCAUUCAGUUUAUCUUGUCGCAUUUUCAUCAUCCACAUAUUUAACAAUUAUUCCUCAAUAAUAAUGAGGUGCAAUUUUUAUGCUUUCAAAUCCGCCACUUCACACUUGACCGGCUAUGAAUACGAAUAUGGCCUACGAAUAUGUUAGCCAAUUAUAAUGAGCAUUUUUAAUAGAACGCUAGUGUGAUUUGACCAAAAAAACUUAUACCACAGGCCUCCCGCCCUCGCCAUUUUUAAGAGUCCUAGAAGACACUUGGAACAGUUUAAAGAGACUCAGGUUUCUAAGAACCCACGCAACUGGGUCAAUUUUUAUGUUCUAAUCCAUCUAAACAAUUUUUGUCUCAUUGUAAAUAUACACCUUUAUGACACCUUCA